ACCAAACACUCCGAAAGAUGAACAGUCCAACAUCAUCAAGCCAAGAGAUCGAAGAACCACUGAAAGGAACGAGUACUACCAGGAUCAAACAAGAGGAAGAUAACAACAGUAAUCAACUAUCCAAGAAACAACUCAAACGACAACUGAAGAGACAACUCAUACUCGACGAAAGACCCGCCAAACGAGCUGCAGAACGAGCACGAAAGAAAGCCAAAAAACUUGAAUCAAAAAAUUCGACUACUCCUAAACAGCAAGAAGAUGGGGGGAAUUCUAAUAAACAGAAACCGAUUAUCUUCCCUGCGACCGUCGUCUUCGAUUGUAGGUUCGACGAUAAGAUGUCCGAUAAAGAAAUCGUCUCUUUAGAUCGACAGAUCGCUCACUCAUACUCGAUCAAUCGAAAAGCGAACGUCCAAUUCAAAAGCUUAGUUUGUACCUCAUUCAAUGGGAGAUUGAGGACAAGAUUCCAACAGAAUGGGAACCAAUACUUGCGAUGGAAGUCGGUCCAGUUCACCGACCAAUCGAUCGAAGACCUGGCUUUUUCCAAGGCCGACUCAGAACGAGCGGCGGAUCCAGCAGGAACUCGGCCUUCAACCGACGAUGAUCUCCUAAAACCAAGUCCCAAAGAAGAAGAAAGAAAGACAAGCAAGGAGGGUGAAGAAGAGUCGCUCCGGCCGCUCGAUGCCCAAUCUGCCCCAGACGCUCUAGCAGCCGAUCAGGACCUUUCAAAAGAAGACCAGGCCCCGAAAACUGAGCAAGUGGAAGAACAACGCAUAUCAGAUCUAACCCAUCAGGAACUAGUCGAAGAUAUCAAGCCGGAAGGAGACCAGAAACUCGACCGGACGCGCCCUGAGGCGCUUCUCAUCGACCCGCAAAACGUCAUCUAUCUCUCCGCCGAUUCGUCGAACAUCCUCACCACAAUCGAGCCUGAUAAGGUCUAUGUGAUCGGCUCCAUCGUCGACCAUAAUCGUCAUAAAAAUCUCUGUUUGGAUCUGGCCACUAAUCAGGCUUUCCAACACGCCCAACUGCCGAUCGCUGAACACUUCUCUCAGCUCAAGACUCGCAAAGUCUUAACCGUCAAUCAAGUGUUUGAGAUUCUGGUGAAUUAUUUGGUCGAUCAGGAUUGGAAGAAUGCAUUCGAACGAGUGAUCCCUUCACGGAAACUUUGAUCAUUCUGUCUCCCUCUAGGAGGAAGACUUUUGUUUUAAAUCAUCGUCAAAAUCAAUAGCAAAAAAUGAAGUCCUCACAGUUUCCAGCAUUUCCUAAAACAAAAUCAAACAAUGUUGGUGAUCAAACCUGGUGGCUCAAUUUUUUGAAA